CAUGCAUAGUUUCAUUUCAAAGUUACAAGGGUUGUGAGAAACAGGUCAGCGAACAUAGUGUAGGCUUCUACGUGAUGAUCAACAUUUCGGAGGGACCUUCUUCACGGUAGACGUUAGUCAAGUUUGGUUCUGUCAUCAAUUUCUUGUACCAAUUUUGUCCUUUCCGGCCGAAAGAAGAAUGAUUAUUACAAUAUAAACUGAAACUAGAGGCUAGGCCAGAGAACGCAGAAAUAAAAAUUAGAAGGAAUUAUGAUUCACGCCACACAUAUUCAUUGGCGCAGACCGUUUUGUUAUCUCUUCACAGUUUGUACAUGUAGCACUGUCAGAAAUAACACCUUGGUUGUAGCCGACGUGUCAAUUUACAAUAGCCGCCUGGAGGUAUAGAUUACACCUUCCUGAAUGUGAAUAAUUCAUGAUAUAACGUCAUAAUAGCAAUGCCAAAUAGAUAAACUCAUUGAGUACGGUUUUAUGUUUUUUAAAACUUUUCAUCAAGUAAAGUGAAUGAUGGCAAUGCAGUUACAGUUUAGUGUUGGCAGAAGACAACUGUUGAGACAUUCUAGGAAGUGUUGCCCGUCAUUGUGUUGCAGAGUGUUUGUUAACAGUUCUGCAGGAAAGUUUUCGGGUGAGCAACAGAAACUUUCAAGAGGCAUAUUCCAGCAGUCGCAGGAUCUGCACAUUUCUGCCAAAAAGCAGUAUCCCACUGCAGAGCCUCUUCCAUUACCUCAAAAUGUGGUGGAGAUAAAUGCUGCUGAGAUGGCCUGUUUCUCCCCACAGCGAGUAAGAGACAUCUCCGGUCCAGUCAUCUUAUCAAAAACAGUUGGAAAUUUUUUGAACGGUUGUGCAAGAAACUACAAUCAGCAGUCAUAUCCAUUAGACUUGCAUGUGGCAAGCUAUGACUGCAGUGGCACAGUGAGCCUAAGCUCUGUGAUGCAGACCAUGGUACCAGAGCCAUUCUCAAAGGAAGGUCACUCUACAUACCUGAACAUGCCAGGCGGGCAGUGGGGCCAAGGUCACAAGUACAUCUCUAGAGACAUGCAUAACACUCAUUAUCAGAAUUUGAUACAGAAAUCAGCAUCAAAAGAUGGAGGUGAUGAUCCAGGUACUUUGGGUUGUAAGAAAUUGACGACAAAAUCUUAUUGCAUGGAGAACUGCUUGCAAGCAGCUCCAGUUAUCUUUAUGAAACGACCACCAUCUCAAACUAUGGGCCGUGGCAUGUCAUUUUUUAUGCAAACUAACUCUCUUUUUAGCACUAACACAGGUGAUAGUAAAUUGUCACGUAAAGAUAAGCUGAAACGUGCAUUCAAAGAGUAUGGACUGACAGUGGUUAUUUUCCAUAUUGGUAUUUCAUUAUUAUCUCUAGGUGGAUUCUACUUGGCAGUGACUAGUGGUGUAGAUUUGGCUGGACUUGUGUCAAAUAUAGGAGGAGGAGAAGUAGCAGCAGAAGCCAGUAAUUUUGUUGUUGCCUACGCUUUCCACAAGAUAUUGGCUCCAGUGAGAAUCGGCAUUACUCUGGCAGCUGCACCUGUUAUUGUGCGCUACUUACGCAAGAUUGGAGUGUUGAAAAUGCCAAAACCACCCACAUAAUAAACGUUAUAUAAUGCUAACUAACAAAGUAGAUGCUUACGGACCCGGAAGGUUCAUUACCGAAUUAACCAAAGCCCUCCACUGGACCCUGUCCAGGGCCAACAAAAUCCAUUAUUAUAUAUUGCAGUUUGUAACAAAUAUAGUUAACCUUUAAACAACGGGGAUUUAAAUGGCAUGGUGGUAGCAGCCCUACGGAGUUUCUUUGAAGGUUUUUAAAAUUUUGUGCACGCUCUAUGGAAAACUUUAUUAUCUAAAGUAAACAUGAUAAAUUAACAAAAUAAAAGCCAUAUUUAUUCGAAUAGAACAGAGAAAACAUAAGAGUUCUUUAAAAAUGCAGUUAAUAUCUUAAUUGAAUAAAUAGGCCUGAGUUACUUUACUUUGUUCUUUUGAAGCUCAUUUGACAUGGUAGAAGCCAUGGUUGUGAACUAAUGACCACACAGAAAAAUUUGUCUCCCCUACUUCAGUGGAUAUACAUUCUUUUCACAGAUCAUGCCGAGGAAUGUGAGAAGCUUUGAUUAGGGGCCUGAAAAUGAAGAAACCCUCUUGACAAUAACAAUGUUUAUAGUUUCCAGGUUGACAGCUCAGGCUGGCCUUGUAAAAACCCUAGAGAAAGUGAUUCAAUAUUUGCAGCCCCUAAAAGUAGCCAAGUCUACUUACAAUGUUGCAAGUUUAGGGCUGAGUACACAACUUACUUCCCAGACAGAGACCACUAGUAAGAUAAAGGUUAAAGAAUAUAUCUUGUAUGUUAAUAAAUUUUGGCAAGAAAUAAGACAUUUUACCUAAUUAAGUUGCCCACAGAGGUGAAGAUGGAGGUAAACCUUUACAUUCCCUUUGUAAUUAAACAUUCUAGGAGUCAUCACCUGGUUCUGUUAGGAAUGUUAUAUCAAGAAAUGCACCCAAAAUUUUGUUCUGAAAAUGUGGAAAGAGACUGCGUAGAUGGAACAAUAUGAUCGGUUGGUGGGCAUUGCUCUGGUCUCCUCAGCUGGUUUAAUUUUCUACAAUAGGAUCCCAUUAUUUCUUCAAUAGAUCUUCCAGUCAGUAAAAUACCACAUCUCAGGAAUUGUCCCUUCUUUGUACAGAGAGGACUGAUAAGAAGUCAAAAAUUUUGAAACAGCUUAUCCAUAAAAAGGAACUGAGGAAUUAGGUGUGGUUGGUGUGUUUUUCUUUCUUUCUGUAAGGAUAAUAUUAACAUGUAAAAGUUCUUUUAUUAAUUCUCUGCAAGCUCUUGCUGUAGUAUGGAGUUUUACUGUCUUAUAUUUUUUCAUGUUUUAUUCUUGAAUAUUUCUAUCAGAGCCUUAAAACUGAAUUUUUAUACAUAUUCUUGGUAAUAUUCUGUAAAAGUUUAUGUACUACUUUUGAAUAAAGAUAGAGCAUUGAACAAUA